CCAUACAUGUGAUUUCGGACGGCAAAAGGCUCACAUGGCCAUCCUUGCACUAAUUUACAGGCUGACACUAAUCAGAAAAGUAAACCCAGAAAAGAAGAAGAGGAACAUUGAAGAACAAUCUCCUCCAAAAGUGGGCAGACUUUUCUUGAAUCAUCCCUUUUGAAUCAUUCUUUCUCUAGAGCCUUGUAUAUACCCGAAGUCCAAAACCCAGAAUCCAAAAGUCGAGAAAAAGGUUCCAUUUUUGUUAGCUGUUCAUCAUGUUGAAACCAAACAGGACUUUGCUCAAGGUCAUCGUCCUCGGCGAUAGCGGGGUUGGAAAGACAUCUUUGAUGAAUCAAUAUGUCUACAAGAAAUUCAGGCAACAAUAUAAGUCUACAAUUGGAGCUGAUUUUGUCACAAAAGAACUAGAGAUUGACGGCAAACUGAUCACUUUGCAAAUUUGGGACACGGCUGGGCAAGAAAGGUUUCAGAGCCUGGGUGUUGCAUUUUACCGCGGUGCAGAUUGCUGCAUCCUUGUAUAUGAUGUGAAUAUACUCAAGUCAUUUGAGACACUUCAAAAUUGGCACGACGAGUUUCUGAAGCAGGCAGAUCCGACGGAGCCAGAUACAUUUCCCUUCGUACUAGUUGGUAACAAGGUCGAUGUGGAUGGUGGAAACAACAGAGCGGUUUCUGAGAAAACAGCAAGGGAGUGGUGUGUUUCCAGGGGAAACAUGUCUUACUUUGAGACUUCAGCUAAAGAAAAUUACAAUGUGGAUGAUGCAUUCAUCUGCAUUGCAAAAACUGCACUCUUGAACCAACGGGAGCAAGAAAUGUAUGCCCACGGAAUCCAAGAAUCGAUUUCAGGAAUUGAACACAGAGGAGGAUGUGCAUGCUAAACUUGGCUGGGCUGCACUUGAAACAUAUAAUUUGGUUACCUUUUUGGUUUGCCUAAUUCUCCAUUCUUUUUCAAUAAUCUCUCUGUAUAUGUCUCAUUGUAUUAACACAAAUGAAACUGGAGAGUGGUUACCUUAUUCUUCUUUUCUUUGAAAAAAAAUUGAGUGUUUGAUUUUUUAUUUUUUUAACCCACUGUGGUUGCUUGUUUUGAGUCUGCUAAGUAAUGUAACAUGAUCAGGUUUGGUGGAAAUACCUUAUUUGCAAAUGUAAAUUAUACUCACUCUCAUUUUUCAUUUUUGGAUAAAAAGUACUUUCAUAAGUUAACUCGUACAUACCAAAAGGGAGUGUCGACCUUAUAUUUAUUGGAAAUUAGCUUUGGAGGA